AUGUUGAGAAAAAUUGUUUUACCAACAAAUUUGUUGUUUCUUGGAAAUAACUGCUUUUCAAAUUGCGUCAAUAUAUCGAAAAUAAAAUGCCCAAAAUAUAUUAAAACAAUUCCACAGAGCUGUUUCAGUUUCUGUAAUUCUUUAAGAGAAGCCAAAUUCUCUCCAAACACAACUAAAUUUGAAGAGAACGCGUUUUACGAAUGUAAAUCACUUGAAAGGGUGUUUGUAUCGAAUGACACUGUAAGUCUUGGAAAUUUCUGCUUUUUCACGUGUGUGGCGCUGUCGGAAUUUAAUUUCCCAUUAAACUUAAAGACAAUUGGAAAAUUCUGUUUUUCAAAUUGCUCUUCACUUUCAAUUAUUAAUAUUCCAAAAGGUAUCUCAAGACUCUCAAAGUGUGAAUAUCCCCCUUGCUGUGACUUUUUUGGGAGACUCCUGUUUAACAACUGCUCGAAUCUUGCUGAAGUUUACAUGCCAAAGAAGAUGAAGUUCAUCGGAAAUUAUUGUUUUGCUGAAUGUAAAAAUUUGUCAAAACUAACUUUCCCAAGUGAAGUUGUUGUUGGCGAUUUUGUGUUCUACAAUUGCAUUCGACUUGGACAAUUUGACAUUGUCGCUUUAAAAAAGGUUGGGCGUUUUUUGUUUUCAAAAUUGCAAAAAGCAAACUGA